ACACGUGAACCCAACGUGGUAACAUCCAGCUCCUCCCGCGCCUCCUCUCCUCUUCCUCCUCCUCCUCGCCGCCGCUCACCAAAGCUCCGCAGUAGCCUUCUCUCCAUCUCCCCGACAGCCUUCGGACUUCGGCCGUCUCCUGCCCCGGACCGGACAGCAACCGUCAGCGUUUGUCUCUCUAACCCUCUGCAAUCAUGUCUUCAGUACUCCAGAAACUGAUCAGCCCUCUGGCAGGCACCCCCGCCGAGCCCCCCAGGAACAAGGUGACUGUGGUCGGUGUGGGCCAGGUGGGCAUGGCCUGCGCCGUCAGCAUCCUGCUGCGGGACCUGUGUGAUGAGCUGGCUCUGGUGGAUGUGAUGGAGGAUCGUCUCAAAGGGGAGAUGAUGGACCUGCAGCACGGCAGCCUCUUCCUCAAGACAUCCAAGAUCGUAGCAGACAAAGACUAUGCAGUUACAGCCAACUCUCGCCUGGUCGUGGUGACAGCAGGUGUUCGCCAGCAGGAGGGUGAGAGCCGUCUGAACCUGGUGCAGAGGAAUGUCAAUGUGUUCAAGUGUAUCAUCCCUCAGAUCAUGAAGUACAGUCCCAACUGCACCAUUAUUGUGGUGUCCAACCCUGUUGACGUACUGACCUAUGUGACCUGGAAGCUGAGUGGUCUGCCAAAGCACCGCGUCAUCGGCAGCGGCACCAACCUGGACUCAGCCCGCUUCCGUUAUCUGAUGGCUGAGCGCCUCGGCAUCCAUGCCAGCUCCUUCAACGGCUGGGUGCUGGGUGAACACGGAGACACCAGUGUGCCUGUGUGGAGUGGUGCAAAUGUAGCAGGAGUAAACCUGCAGAAGCUGAAUCCUGACAUCGGCACUGAUGCUGACAAGGAGCAGUGGAAGGCCACACACAAGGCUGUAGUGGACAGUGCCUACGAGGUGAUCAAGCUGAAGGGUUACACCAACUGGGCCAUCGGCCUGAGCGUGGCUGACCUGACUGAGAGCAUCAUCAAGAACAUGAGCCGUGUGCACCCCGUCUCCACCAUGGUCAAGGACAUGUAUGGUAUUGGUGAAGAGGUCUUCCUGUCCCUGCCCUGCAUUCUGAACAGCAGUGGUGUGAGCAGCGUGGUGAACAUGACCCUGACUGACAGCGAGGUGGGCCAGCUGAAGAAGAGUGCAGACACACUGUGGGGCAUCCAGAAGGACCUCAAGGACAUCUGAACUUCCAAAUAACACACACCUCCUGUAUGUUGCAGAACGGCCGGUCGAUAUGCACACACACUCCUUUUAUAAUGUCCCGCUCUCUUAGACUGUACCGCUCUUAUUUUAAUGGACAAUACCAAUGUUUUAGAAUUUGUGCCAGCGAGGAUUUUGGUUUUUAACGUACUGUAUGUCAUUGGGCCUGAUUUCACUUUUUCUUAUAUCCGUGUGACACCGUUUUAAUGCCUUCUUCCUGUCAAUCGCCUGAUACGUCUAAACACUCUGGUAUGUUCCUUUAAAAAGGGCACAUUUGCUCCCCACGGCUGGUAGGCUACUGUUGCUGUGUUACGUGUUUGUGUUGUGCAGAUGUGUACUGUAUGGAUUCUUGUGUUGCAGUUGUCCGGACCAGGAUCAAACACGACCCAUAAGUGUCACUGCCUUCCCCACCUUCUGUACUGAAUUGAAAGUGCUCCUUUUCUUACAGUUACUCUACAGCAGACACUGCACUCUGGUGAACACAUAAUAAUGAGCCAUGGCAUUGGAAUUUUAAGGAUUUUCUUCAUGACAGGGAGAUGGAGUAGAUUUUUAAACAUCCUCUGUGACUGUCCUUGUGUUGUAAACUGCGUCGGAAACAGCAACAUGUAACUUAAUAAACUUGAACAUGGC